CGCGCCCCGCAGGCCCUGCUCCACCUCUGGGGCUGAGGGAGCCGCGGGGCCCCCGGGACCCCGGUGCGCGGGCUCGGGCUCUCGGUUCUGGGCUGUGCAGCCGUUCACACCCGCCGGCCCCGGCCCGGCCCUAAGCGCCAAGGCCGCUGUCCCUGAGCUCCCGGGGCGGUGCAGAAGCCCGGCCCCGCUCUGCUCCGCUGCGGUCAUGGCCGGCGCGGGGGGCCGAGCCCCGCUGGGUCUGCGGCGGUGGCUGUCCUCGGCUGCCCCGGCGCCCCGGGUCUGCGUGGUGGGCAGCGGCCCCGCCGGCUUCUACACGGCUCAGCACAUCCUCAAGCACCAUGGUGGGGCCCUGGUGGACAUCUACGAGAAGCUGCCUGUUCCCUUCGGGCUCGUGCGUUUUGGAGUGGCCCCAGACCACCCUGAGGUGAAGAACGUGACCAACACCUUCACGCAGACGGCGCGCUCGGGGCGCUGCGGCUUCUACGGGAACGUCACCGUGGGAAGGGACGUGACAGUGCCGGAGCUGCAGCGGGCGUACCACGCCGUGGUGCUGAGUUAUGGUGCUGAAGAUAACCGGGUCCUGGGGAUCCCAGGGGAGAACCUCCCUGGUGUUUACUCAGCCCGAGCCUUCGUGGGCUGGUACAACGGGCUGCCGGAGAACCAGGACCUAAAGCCUGACCUGAGCUGUGAGACAGCGCUGAUCCUGGGUCAUGGCAACGUGGCACUGGACAUUGCCCGCAUCCUGCUGUCCCCACUGCAGCUCCUCAGGAAGACAGACAUCACUGACAGCUCCCUGGCAGCUCUUGCCUGCAGCAAGGUGAAGCGUGUCUGGCUGGUUGGGAGGAGGGGACCUCUCCAAGUUGCUUUCACCAUCAAGGAGCUGCGGGAGAUGAUAAACCUGCCUGGUGCCAGAGCUGUCCUGGACCCUGCCGACUUCACAGGCCUCGAAAGUGCUGUCAAAGAUGCUUCCAGGCCCAGGAAGCGACUGACUGAGCUGAUGAUCAAAACAGCACUGGAGAAGCCAGUGGAGAUGCAGGCAGCAGCAGCAGGGGCAGCAGCCCCCCGGGAGUGGGGGCUGAAGUUCCAGCGCAGCCCCCAGGAAGUGCUGCCCAGUGCUGACGGGAGGAGGGCGAGGGGCGUCCGCAUGGCCCUGACCCGCCUGGAGGGCUUGGGUGACUCUGCCAAAGCCAUUCCCACUGGAGAUGUGGAGGAGCUGGAGUGUGGGCUGGUGCUCAGCAGCAUCGGCUACCGGAGCCUGCCGCUGGACCCGGCCGUGCCCUUCGACAGCCAGCGCGGGGUCAUCCCCAACAGCUCGGGCAGAGUGGAGGGUGUCCCAGGUCUGUACUGCAGCGGGUGGGUGAAGAGAGGACCCACAGGUGUGAUCAUCACCACCAUGAACGACAGCUUUGACACUGCCCAGUCUCUGCUGGAGGAUCUCCAGGGGGGUGUGCUGGAUCUAUCCCCUUCCAGAGAAGGCUUUGGGCUUGUGGAGAGCAUCCUGCACAGCCGAGGGGUCCGUCCCGUUUCCUUCUCGGACUGGGAGAAGAUUGAUGCUGCUGAAGUGGCGAGAGGCAAAGCUGCUGGCAAACCCCGGGAGAAGAUCGUGGAUCCUGCAGAGAUGCUGCGGAUCAUCGGUCACUGAGGCAGCACUGGUGGGACCGUGGCACUGCCCCAGUGGUACCGUCCUGGGGCAACACCAGUGGGUCAUGAGCAGAGCCUGGAGCACAGGCCUUCUGUCUGGGGCUGCUGGUGGCUCUGGAGGGGUGUGUGACACUGGGGCCUCUCUGGUAAUAAUGAACUCUGGGUUCCCAAAGUCUCAAGAUCUGAGGCUGUUGGCUGGCCCCACAUCCCUGCAGCCAGCUACCAUUCCUGGAGGUGAUUCUUGUCUGUCUUUGAAGCAUUAAUGAAUCAUGCAGUGCAGGUGAAGGGAGGUGUGUGUGCCCCUGAGGAACCAGGCAUUCUCUCACAGCAAGUCACAUGGAAAAGUUUCCCUGUGUCUUGCUGCCUCCCCUUUAAGCCACAAGCCAUAUGGGUUUGUUGCCUUGUCAUUCAUGCCAGAGCAGGCAUCUUUUAAUAAUGAUGUUUUUUUAAAAAUAAACCCUUACAGGGAAGCCAAAAUG